CUUAAUCCACCUUCCGAAAAUCGAGACGCUGAAAUUCACGAAUUGCAGCAUUUUUAAUCUCGAUCUCCAAUACAAGCCUGCCAGUAUCGAAGACCAAUUGAUUGAUUGCAUUUGCAACAUGCAACAUCUUAAACAGCUCGAAUUUGGAGAUUUCCAAAUCAUUAGUUACUACAACCUUAGGCAUAUAUGCGAGGCUUUAAAAAAUAGCUUGAACCAUCUUCAAGCUAGGAUUGAUUUGCCGCAAGAUGACAUCUGCCGCUCAUCCUUAAAGCACAGCUUUCAGAAUUUGAAAGUGUUCCGCUUUGAGGAAUUCAUGGUCGGCGAGGAUGGGGUGCGUCGCCGGCUGAAUAAUGGCCCACUGACGCAGCUUUGUGUGAGGAGGCUAACAAAGCUGCAGGUGGUACAGGACUACGUGGACGGGCAAUCCUACCCACCCCCCAUGAACACCGACACUUGCUGUGGACGGUCCGAUUUGCAGCAGUUAAGCGUCGAAGCUGAGACGGCCAGCGAGAAACUGCCACUGCUAUUCCAGAAGGUCACCCGCUUGCAGGUGAAAUGGAUUGGCAGCAACGAUACCAACAUCGACUCGCUGCUGCAGUUCCGACAUGUGAGCGUCUUGGUGUUGGACAAUUUUUCAUCCAACAGAAUGCUUGACGCAUUUCUUUUGCGGUAUGGCGGACAACUGCACACUCUUUCGCUGCGCGUUGGAAGCGAAAGUAAAUUGUGCUUAAAAUUUGCCACCGUUUUCAAAGCUUGUCCAAACCUUGAAAGGCUUUUCUUGGAAGGCUUGGAAAUGACCGACACCUCAGUCAUUACAGUUGAGUCAUUUACCAGUCUCAAGGAGCUGCGUUGGAGCCAAAAAAGGGGAAAAAAGGCCAGCAUUUUAUCCGUCUUGUCAGCGCCGGACCUGGAGCAAGUGACCGUAGAUGUCAGCAAUGUUAGUGUUGAUGAAUUGAAAGUUGCUUCUUUGCUGGCAUCAAAGAAAAAAAUAUUUGGCAAGCUUCGUACCUUGCGGCUUACUAUUGGGUGUUGUGAGCAAGUUGGAACAACCGAAAGGGACAUUUCGCAAGCGCUUGAAGACCUAGCUACGAACGCCUAUGCUCACUGCAGAAAAUAGCCAAUGUGCAAUUUGGGUUCUGCAACUGCUACGACCAUUCAAAAACAUUGAAGUGUAAUAUUGUAAAUAAUUUUCUUUGCCUAGGAAAAAUGAACAUGUUAGUGAAUUAAGAGUGAAUGUACAUUUUUAUUGAACGAAUUUUUAUAAUU